UCCGAACAGUCAUUUUGCACAGCAACAAAAUUCCAACGACGAUUUCUUCACCGAAAUUGUCACCAAUUCGCUCAACCGAAAAAUGGGUUGGUUCGGAGAGACUUUAGACUCCAUUAAGUCCAUCCAAAUCCGACAAACUCUCUCCCAGAUCGUCAUUCUUGGCUUGAUUGUGUCGUCGGCAUUGGUGAUAUGGAAAGGGUUAAUGUGUAUAACUGGCAGUGAAUCGCCUGUUGUGGUUGUGCUCUCUGAGAGUAUGGAACCUGGCUUUGCAAGGGGUGACAUUCUUUUCUUGCGUAUGAGCGAGGACCCCAUACGUGCAGGAGAAAUUAUUGUGUUCAAUGUGGAAGGACAUCCUAUUUCAAUCGUUCAUCGAGUAAUCAAGGUUCAUGAGCGAGAGGAUAGCGGAGAAGUUUAUGUCCUCACAAAAGGAGACAAUAACGACGUGGAUGAUAGGAUGUUGUAUGCUCCGGGCCAAAAAUGGUUGGAACGCCAACAUAUCAUGGGAAGAGCUGUUGGGUUCUUGCCUUAUGUUGGCUGGCUGACAAUAAUCAUGACUGAGAAGCCAAUAAUCAAGUAUAUAGUUAUUGGAGCAUUGGGAUUGCUGGUUCUUACCUCAAAGGACUAGAAAUACUAGUUUUCAAGUUUACAGAGAUUGGUUCGAAGUUCCAACCAUAAAGACAUUCUCAUUUUCUGUUGGAAACAUGAAAGAUGUUUUUUAUACCAGACAAAUACUGAGAAACAUUACAGGGGAUCAGUGUAAUGGUGGCAAUUGACUUUCUACUUGUUUUGCCCCCAAAGUUCAAUCUAUGAAUGUACCAUUUAUACCAUCUAAUAU